AUGUCAAAGGCUUCGUGCAGUAACGCAUAUUAUUUCCUGACAAUUUCGAUUUUGCCCCAGAAGGAAGGAUUGGAUGUAGUGAAUAUCAUCCGCAAGAUAUCAGACUUACUUGUGGACUGCCCUUCUGCUACUAAAAUUAUUCACAAGUUCAAAAUCUCUGCGGAAGCAAGGAUGAUCGCCAUGGUCGAAGUGUCCGACAUAGCUGGGCUGGAACGAAUAUUAUUAAGCAUCUGGAAACUGGGACCUGUAGAAAUAGACAGUCAACCAAUUAUACUCUACGAGACCUUUGCGAAGAACAUGAAAAUCGCCAACGAUCUGUGCAAACCCAGUAGCUGCAGUUUGGCAAAAGAAGGCAUAUAUUGGCUUGAAUUCAACAUCGAGUAUCACGGGAGAACAUUCGACGAGUUUCUGGAAAUCUGGAAGAAAGAAGCGGAAACAGUGUUGACCCGCAGAAGUAAAGGGGAGGCCAGUCUGGAGUUGUUCAAGUGUCUAGCUCAGAGGAAGGUUCAUGUGAUGUUUAACACCACAGAUCCCGCACAGUUGGAUCUUCUGUCUUUUCAGCUGCCAAUUAUGGUGGAGAAUGGCGUGAAUAUUCGUGUCAAGUCCAAGGGUGUACAAUACCUUGAUGACUACGUGCAGAGCAUGCGCAGCGUUAAGUUGUAA